AUGUUCUCGAAGCUCUUCACCUCUGGAGCCCUUGUCCUGGCGCUGUGCCUGCAGCGAGUAAGCGCGCACGCCGCCGUGGCUCCCGCUCUCGGCGUCAAUGGCACGCCUGUGCGGAACAACUUUAGGCGCCCGAAUAACGCGAACCCGUGCGGUGCAGGCAUCAACAUCGCCAAUGCUAUCGACUCGUCGACCGCUGUGGCGGCUAACGCGGCGGGCUCGUUCACGGCUACUGCUAUUAACUUCAACGGAGGAGGGGAUGGCUCGCGCCAAGUGACCGCUCGGGUCGACGCUACAGGCACUGGCCAGAACUUCGUGGCGGCGACUGUGACCACCAACGGCAAUAGGGCACCCAACAACGUCGGAUCUGAGCAAAUCGUCGCCAGCCUCCCCGCUGGUACACAAUGCACGGGUGGACAAGCGGGCAACAGGUGUCUUGUGGGUGCUGGUACAGCCGCUGGAGGCGCUGCGGAUGGGGCGGCUGCAGGUGGUGCUGCAGGCACCGCGAACACUGGCAACACUGGCACUGCGAACAACGGCCAGAACCGCAACGGUCGCACUCGUUAA